CACUCACGUGACCGGCGGGGAGGUCUGGGUGGGGGCGGCGAGACGGGUGGGCCCCCGAGGGUGAGGAGAAUGGUGGGGCUCCACCCCUCGCGGGUCGGCCCGUCCCGGCGCCGGACCUUCCCUCGGGCCGGGGCCGGACCCGCCGCGCCACCUCCCGGCCCGCCUGGUCCUCCGCGGGGCCCGUGCGACCGCCGCAGCUGACCGGGUUGUCUCCCCCGCAGGGCCGCGCGAGAAGGUGAGAGUCCGCGCUUCCGAGGGAGCCGCGCCCGCCUCGGCUCGCGCCCCGCGGGGCCCACCGCACCCGCGGGCAUGGAGAGGCGCCUCGGAGGCCCCGGCGCUGCCCGCCCUCCCACGCCGGCCGGCCCUCGCUAGCUCGGAUUUUGCGUUUUAUACGCCACCUGGGCCUUGCCUCCCGAGUCAGUGGCGCUGUGGCCCGGAAGAAAUGGAAGAGAAGGAGCGGUGUGACCGGGUCCGCCCCGUCUUCCUGCGCUGAGGCCCGGCUGGCUCGUACAAAGGAAAACACAGCAAGAAAACCGUGGGGGUUUUUCCCGAGGGGGGCGGGUGGGGAGGGCGGGGGAAGGGAGCAAGGCCUUAGGUUUUUCUAUGGUUGUUUUUUUUUUUUUUUUUAAAUUCUGCACUUUGACGUUAGUGGUGGAAAACACUAAUUCAGAAGUUACUUUUCUAUCGAGAAGAGGUGGGCUGUUUUUCCUGGUGAUUCCCGUCCUUUCUCCCCGUGACAAAGCAUAAAUCAUGGGCACCGGAAACUAAGGUGGACCUCAGGAAUCCGGACAGACUGCGAAGCGCGCCCUCUUCCUCGGGGGGAGGGGUGUUUUCAGCCCUCUCCGGAGCCCACGGCGGAAACCAUGAGCUGCGUGCCAUGGCGGGGAGACAAGGCCAAGUCCGAGUCCCCGGAGCCGCCCCAGGCCGCGCCCCCCCGGAUCUACCACGAGAAGCAGCGCCGCGAGCUCUGCGCCCUGCACGCGCUCAACAACGUCUUCCAGGACAGCGGCGCCUUCAGCCGGGAGACGCUGCAGGAGAUUUUCCAGAGCACUCGCCCUGAUAGCCCCAGGAUCGAACCUGCAAACCGGGUAUAUGCCCUUGACCAGGAAUCGAACCCAAGACUCUUCAGGCCAACGCUGUUGUCUCCAAACACCAUGGUGACCCCCCACAAGAAGAGCAUGCUGGGAAAUGGGAACUACGAUGUGAACGUCAUUAUGGCAGCACUUCAGACCAAAGGCUAUGAAGCUGUUUGGUGGGACAAGCGCAGGGAUGUCAGUGCUAUUGCUCUCACUCAUGUCCUGGGCUUCAUCAUGAAUCUGCCCUCCAGCCUGAGCUGGGGUCCACUGAAGUUGCCUCUCAAAAGGCAGCACUGGAUCUGUGUUCGAGAGGUGGGCGGUGCCUACUACAACCUGGACUCCAAGCUGAAGACGCCCGAGUGGAUUGGAGGCGAGAGCGAGCUCAGGAAAUUUCUAAAACAUCAUUUGCGAGGAAAGAACUGUGAACUCCUGCUGGUGGUACCAGAAGAGGUGGAGGCCGGUCAGAGUUGGAGGGCUGAUAUGUAACAGUUCUGCCACGCUUCCCUCACCUCGACCCCUAAAUCCUCCACGAUGUGCUGUGCCCUACACAUUGGGUCUGCCCUUGCCACCUCCCCAGACAUCUCAUCGGGUUUUUCCCUCAGAUUUGACUGUGCAGUAGGCCAGAGGUGUGAAAUGUUACAAGAACCAACCAACGUUACUCAUUCCUGGGAAAGGAAGGAAGGUAGGAACUCGGUGCUUAGGGCAAGCAAUGGAAGACCCUUGUUUUAUUUGAAGAGACAAGGAAAAAAGGGGGGGGGGGUGUCCCCUAGCUUAUUUUUCCCUUUCCUCUGAGGACUUGACAGAGGCUCUGCUGGAGUUCCCUGCUGCUCUGACUUACCUGGAGAUGCUGCCCCCAUUUCCCCUUUCCUGGCAACUAGUGGGUCUGAAGACACAGGACAUGCAAAGCUCGUGUGACUGGUUUGAAGGACCCAGAGCAAAGGUCUCUCAGGAACCAUCUCGAAAACCCCAGCAGCACUACAUCAUGCCAUCUGCAACCCUCAAUGCCUUCCCUUAUCCUAUUUUUAAGGAUGGUUUAUGGCUAUUCUUGUCGUUUUAUAAUGAAAAGUUCUCUACUAUUUCAGAGUGGCUGAAUCCUGCAGCAUUCUAGCAUGACAGGGUGAGCUAGAUACCUAAGAAGACAUGGCCGAAACCAGGCGGGCAUAGGCAACCUGUCUGCCUCAUCCAGCAGUGUCCCUGCCAUUUCAUUAAGUUAGGAGGCUCUGGGGCACCAGAUAAGCAUAAGGGCAGUUUUUCCUGUUGGCCCACUCUGACCAAAUCAGGAAAAAAUGAGCCUGCCUUCGACAUCAAAUUCUACUAGUUUAAAACAGUUGGGUGAGGAAAGUAUUGUGAAGAGAACAGCUAGAAUCGAAGUCCUAGGCUGGGAGUCACUAUAGUGAGCAGAGUCCUCAAGUUAGGUGGUUAUGUGUAUUAUGUUAGAGGACUUGGGUCUGUCAUCUUUCUAUAGUUGUCUUUACAAAUCAACUAAGAAUUGAUCCACCCCUACCUCUUUAAAUAGCUGUAGGCCACUUUUCUCCUAACUUUGGAAAACAUGAGAAGGAGAAGCACUGCUUGUCUCCAAAGUGGUUGUACUGCCUCAAGGCAGACGGGCAGGCAGGGAUGGCCCGUCCAGGCCUUUCAGAUCAACGGUCUUGGCAGGCCUCAGAGCGGCUCCACUAGCCAGACUUCUCUCCAGCAGCAAAGCCAGCCUGGGGCUUGCAUGUCAAACCUGAGCAAGUGAAACAGGAUGAAGCUGAGGCUCUCUCCUCCCCACUGUGACUGGAGUGCAUGUUUACACCAGCACUUUUUCUGCACAUUUAUCUUCAAUCCAACAAGGCCGUUUUUUACGCUGAGUAACAGAGGCCAAGCGGCUACUGCGUUACACUGUCUGAGCAACUGACUGCAAUCUCUUGCUCCAUUUUCUACAUCAGACAUGCUUGGCUCCACAGACAGCUCUUUAUCCCUGCACAAUGACAUUCCAACCACCACCAGCCAGAAGUUCCAGCCAGCCUUGCUGAUGGUCGUAAGCAGGAGCUUGGGUCCAUUGGCACUGUCAGUGAUAGAUAGUAAGCCAUUUCCUCAGAAGAGGAGGAAACCUCUCCAGUGUGCUCGGGCCUGUGCAAGUGGCACCUCAAAGGAGUCCCCAUGUACUUGGAGUCCAUGAGCCAAUGGGAUAUGCAAAGACGCUUAAACAUUUCAGGGCUGGUUUCUCUGUUCAUAUCCAAUUCUGGUGCUUGGGAACAGGGACCCAUGCUGAUGCCUAAGGGCAAAAAGCCCUAUUUCCUUUAAGGAAGGGAGCAGGCCUGACCCUGAUGCCCAUAAGGGGUGACCCUAGGCUUUUUGUUUUUCUUGCUUUUAUCUUUCCCUACCCCUGUUUUUGUUGGCCUUGUGCUGGGUUUGUUUACAGAAGAUGUAUUUUGUUUAACCAAAUAUUAAAAGUGGAAAACUCCAUACAUAAAUCUCA